UAUUUUUGUCUGCCAUAUUUGUCAUUUACGUUUUGAUUAACAUUGUAUUAUUGUGUUUUCCGAACAAAAAGUGUAUCCAAUAUGCCGUCUAUAGUUGAAGAUGGACUGGAUAAUGAAAUCGAAGCACCAGAACCACCAACACUAUCCGGACCAAUCAUCGGCAUUAUUUAUCCACCACCAGAAGUGCGAAAUAUUGUUGACAAAACUGCAUCGUUCGUUGCAAGAAAUGGACCUGAAUUCGAGGCAAGAAUUCGACAAAAUGAACUUGGUAAUCCAAAAUUCAACUUCUUAAAUGCCGGUGAUCCAUAUCAUGCGUACUAUCAGCAUAAAGUUAACGAAUUUCGCGACGGAAAAGCUACUGAUGCUGUGUCCAAUCUACCUGCUGGUAUUCAAAAACUUCAAGUAUCCACAGCAGCCCAUUUGAAACAGCAAGAACUGUUGAAACAGGUCUCGGAACAACAAUUCGUCCCAAAGGAACCGCCACCAGAAUUCGAAUUCAUUGCUGAUCCUCCAUCGAUUUCCGCAUUGGAUCUAGACAUCGUCAAAUUGACAGCACAAUUCGUUGCUCGUAAUGGACGGCAAUUUUUAACAAAUUUGAUGAACCGCGAACAGAGGAACUAUCAGUUUGACUUUCUGCGCCCUCAGCAUUCCUUGUUCCAAUAUUUCACCAAGCUGCUGGAACAAUACACGAAAAUCUUGAUUCCACCGAAAGAUUUAAUGGCCAGGUUAAAAGUGGAAAGUGCGCAGGGCAAAACAAGUUCAAACCUAGUCUUGGAGCAAGUCAAAUAUCGAUCGAAUUGGCAGAAACAUCAGGAAGCUCAACGACGAAGGGAAGAGGAAAAAGUGGAAAGAGAACGAGUUGCCUACGCUCAGAUCGAUUGGCACGACUUUGUAGUGGUUGAGGCUGUCGAUUAUCAACCGUACGAAACGGGAAAUUUCCCUCCGCCAACAAAUCCAGACGAGGUCGGUGCUCGUGUUUUGAUGGAAGAACGAUUGGUGGAAGACGAUGGCGAUAUUGAAAUGCAAAUUGAAUCUGAUGACGAUUCACUGCCGGAUGACAAUACAAUGAUCAAGUUGUCGCAUAUGGAGAAUCGUAUUGGAAUGGCUGCUAUGCAAUCGAAAAGAGACAAUACCCAGGUUCAAGAUAUGGACGAGGCUUCCAGUGACGAUGAACCGCAAGAGUCAAACAAAAUUCAACCAGCUUCGUUGGCACCGCCGACUCACGACAAAGUUGUUAUUAAGAAGUAUGAUCCGAAGCAGGCACAGAAACCUGCACCCAAACCCACACAGACCGAUGAAUAUCUCAUAUCUCCGAUUACCGGAGAACGGAUCCCAGCAUCGAAAGUGGCCGAACAUAUGCGAAUUGGUCUGUUGGAUCCGCGCUGGGUUGAGCAAAGAGAUAAGCACACGGUCGACAAACUGAAUCAAGACAAUGUCUAUGCCGUCGGAACUGCGAUCGAGGCAAGUUUGAAACAGUUGGCUGAACGACGUACUGAUAUUUUCGGUGUUGGUGACGAAGAAACGGUUAUCGGCAAGAAAUUGGGUGAAGAGGAAACUAAGAAAGACGAAAGAGUCACUUGGGAUGGUCAUACUUCGAGUGUGGCAUUAGUGGCUGCUGCAGCAAGAGCAAACAUAACCUUAGAGGAUCAAAUUCACCAAAUUCACAAGGUGAAAGGUCUCAUACCCGAUGAAGAUUUAGAGAAAAUUGGACCAAAACCUGCUGGCGGUGCGAGCAAUAAUCCGACAUCAAGCAAACCAGCUCUGCAACCGAUCGUCAUGUCUCAAGCUCAAAUCAUUGUGCCACCGAAGCCACCACAAAUGGUCCCGGCACAACAAAUGCCACAACAUCAUCAACCACCGCCAGUGAUGAUGAUGCAAAUGCGUCCACCGCCAAUGAUGCCACCACCAUUCCCGAUGGGCUACUUACCAGGAAUGCCACCGCAAGGUAAUCCCAUUGCACCAGCACCGCCCGUAAUGGAGCAACCAAUGCCCAUCGAUGACGAGCCUCCAAACAAGAAGCUUCGUGGCGAGGACAAUCUCUUGCCGGAGGACCAAUUCUUGGCAAUGCACAAUGGACCGGUGACACUGCAGGUUCAAAUUCCAUCCGCAUCUGAUAAACCGGAAUGGCGGCUUAAUGGGCAAACGGUUGCCAUAACAUUGUCAUUGACGGACACGGUGACCACGCUGAAACAGAAAUUGCAAGACGAAACUGGCAUGGUACCAGCUAAACAGAAAAUUUCCUACGAUGGAAUGUUCUUCAAGGACAGCAACAGUAUCGCAUUCUAUAAUCUACUGAGUGGGACAACGGUUCAUUUGCAGAUCAAAGAACGUGGUGGAAGGAAGAAAUAGUUUAUCUGAUGUCGUUGGCCUGUCGAUUUUUGUAAUCAAUUUUUUUUCUCUUGCUAAUGAAGUCGUAGAAUUUUUGA